AUGACGGACGUCGUCUCGGUUAAUCGAUCCUCAUCUCUUUUUUAUCAAUCACUUUUCGCCAACUUGAUCCAGCCCCUUGGUCGAAGCCCCGCAGAGCUCAAGUAAGGAAGUAAUUUUAUUCGGAUCAAAUGAGGAUUCAUUCAGAUCUUAUCGUACAAAAGUUUACUUGAAGAUUUGUGAUCAGAGAAACGAGGUCAGCGGCGAAAAGGUACUUUUUAAAUUAUAUUUUCUAUAAAAUAAUUUUUAAAACAUAUGUGCGUUUGUUAAGGAAAUAAGAAUCGAAAUUAGCCGUCCAGACGAUUAUGAAUUCCUCUACGCCGAUUCUCUCAAUCAUGAAAAAGUAUCAGGUUAUUUUUUUGUUUUUUUUUUCUAAUUAAAAAAACUUCCAGCAACUCGCCCACGACUUCGAACUGACCGUUGAUUUUGAAGCCUUUCCAAGAACUCUUAUCGACAAGCUUUUGUCGAAGACUGCUUGUGUUAGAGCCCUCGAGGCAGAUUCAUCGAGUAAAUUCACUUUUCCACGAUUAAUUUUUUUUUAAUUCAGAUUUUUCAGCAAACGACCUACAGAGUGAUGUGACACCCACGGAGAUCAAUCUCAUUCUUGAUCAAGAGCGAUCAAAUUGCGUGUGAGCUACUUUUUUGGUUUUCAGUGAUUAUUCCGCUUUUGAUUUCCCGAGGUGUUGCGAAAAAAAGCCAAAAAAUGUCUUUUCCAAACUCAGAAGGAACACAAAAAGUCGUUAUUUUUAAUUUAAAACAAAAGAGGCUCAGUUUCAUUCGGAUUAUAAAAACCUUGUCAAUUUUUCGGAUCGAUUCUGGCGUAGAGUUUCAUUUACAAAUAAAGUGUAUAACUUUUUUUCUGUCUGUUUUGAAUCUUCAAUUAUCUUCAAAACCAUUUUUCCACAACUAGUUUAGGUCAAACUCGAUUUUUUCCAAGUUAAUGACGUUUAUCGAUUGCAAAGCGAAACUCAGUCCUAAUUAUUUCAUGUUAUUUUUUGCUGCAGAUUCGAGCUUUCCUUCAAAACCCCAGUGAGUAAAGGAAGAAUCGUCUCGAUAAAGUUAGCGGCAGUUCGGGGCGAACAACUCGUUUCACAUUUGCUCAACAAAUUACGGAAAGUCUCCAAGCAGAACAACGAUUUGCAGCGUCUAUCCCAACAACAAAAGGUUUUUCCGUUAGACUAAAUCUCGAAAUUUCCUGUUUUCAUUGAAGGUAUCAUACUUAGGAAGAGCUGGAUGUGGUCCGGAAAGAAAAUGCCGAAGUUGGGAGCAAAGUUGACCGUUGGAAAAUGGAACGGGACGACGCUUUGGAGAAGAAAAAGGAGUUGGAAGAACAGGUCGAGGAAAUGGAGGAGGAUUUGGAGGUUUUUUUUAAAUGAUUUUUUGUCAUUUCAUCUCAGGAAUGUCUCUUCAUUAAAUUUUCAAUAAAUUUUGUAUUGUUUAUCAAAUUAUAAGAAGCCGUCGUUCAGGUAAAUAUAAUGCCGUGUUCACUCCAAAAUUGCCAUCAGAGAAAGAAAAAGAUAACUAAAUUUUGGAGAGUCGGAGAAAAUUUCGCAUUUCGCGGAAAUUACUUUGAACACGGUAUAACAAAAAAAAAAUCGAAAAAUGAAUUCGAAGUUUCAAAAUUUUUCGUGAGACGAGUUCAAGUUUCAAACACUGUUUUUUUAAAAUUUCACAACAAAUUCAUCUCCAAAUUUUCGUUAUAACUAAUUUUUAAUGUAGCAUAUUUUUCAUUAACAAUUCGAGAACCAUCGUUUGAGAACAUUCCUUUAAAUGUUUAAUUUUGCGUUCUAAGGAUUUCUUUGUGUCUAAAUUUUACGCUGCGUGAACUUUUAUACAGAUCUUUUAUACAGAAAGAUUUACAUACCCCAAGAUAAAUUUUCCAGUUACUGAAAGACGAAAAACGUGGUCUCCUCACUUGUGUCGAUGAGUUGAAGGAAAAAUCGGAGGAAUCUGAGAAAUUGGUCGACGAGCUCAGGUCGGAGGCCGAAAACAAGGAUGAGCAGAUUGCCAAUCUCGCCUCGGAGAUUGAUGAAGUCGUCGCCAUGGUUUAUAGAUAUUUUUUUAAAUGUUGGAAGCUAUCGAAUUUCAUAUCAUCUAUCUGAGAAAGAUGAUAUGAAAAUUUUAAAUUUUGUCUAAAAGGAUUGUGUUCAAAAACAGUCUAGAAACUUCACAAGUUCAAACUUCUUUUCCAAGAAAAAUCGCGAUUUUCGCGCUUAUAUUCAAAGUUUAGGAUUCUGUGGCUUUUUGAAUUUUAAUUUGCACUUUUUGCUCGACCUAUGGAUUGAAGAAGUGAGGUAACUCUUAAAAAACGAUUUGUCAACUUUAAAAUUUCGGGGUGUUUUCUGAAGGUGUCUUACAUAAUCCUGACUGACACCGUGAAUGACUGUUUGUCUCAAGACCUUUCUGAAGUUUUCCUAUGCUCUUUUGAGCUCUAAAGAAAGUUUCUUCUAAAUUUUGAUCUAAUCGAUGUUUCAUUCAGCUUCGAGAAGAGCAAGCUUUAUCAACUCAACUGCAAAAGCAACUGGCCGAGAAAAAGAAAGAAAAUGAAAAAUGCACGGAUUUCAUCAAUAAAUACGUUAAGGUUUGCUUUCUUAGUUAUUCGGCCUAAUUUUUAGCUUUCAGAACGCCCCGGCCCAAAGCAUCGACCUGAAAAAGCUGAAAGAACUCGAGGGCGACCUACGAGAAAAAGAGGAUAUUGUCAUGAAAUUGACAGGUUUUUUUUGAACAUCAACAACCACAAACAAUUUUUUUUUCAAGAGACUGUCAAUGUUCAGCGGAAAGAGUUGGAGGAAUGUCGAGAUGAAAUUGAGAGGAUAUCGAAGCUGAACGAGCAGCACGCUUUGGAUUUAAAAAGUGAGUCAAUAGACGAAAAGUUUAAAAAAAAUGAUACACUAGGCUUUCAAAGAAUGAUUUUCGUUUCUCAGUUAUUCCCCCAAAUAGUCAUACCUCAUCUCAGAACACAUUUUUGGCCUUUGACUAGGAAAAAACUUAAUAACUGGAAUAAAAGGCCAUGGUCCUGAAUAUCCAGAGAUAAUUUAUUCUCCAAGGUCGUUUCGACAUUCAGUUAAAAAUAAAGAGCAGCUAGAGAGGAUUUGAAAAUACUUUUAUUCUUCUAGAGCUCGAAAUGUACCGAGCGACGCGAAUUUUGUCGCCGAAUGUCCCGCCGUCAGUCGGGCGACAGCCUUACACCCCCGUUUUCGCGCCGAGAGUCACUUUUGAUCUACCGAACCAGGCGACAACACCUUUUGCCCCUCGCCAAUCGAACUUCCGAUUGGGAAGCACCCCGUCGGAGCUGGGAAGACCUUUCGCGCCCCUUCAAAAUGUGAGUUUGUUUUUUUUUCUGUGUUUAGUACUGCUUACAAAUUCCUUUCAAAUUCUUUUUCAAAAUUGUUUUGAGUUUUGAGAUUAGCUCAAUAAAACCUGAAUAUUAAUGCAAAAUUUUUAAAUAAUUGUUUUUUUUUAUUGUUUUCACCAUACUAACUGGAUUUGAACCUAUAUAUUAAAAAGAAUUUUCUUGAUAACGGCUUCUGAAAAAAAAAGUUUUAAUAGACGUUAAAGUCUUGAUAAAAUAAAAAAGUUUGUUUAAAGUUCAAUUCAUCGUUCAAACUCCGCCCCUUAUGCGUAGAUCAAACCAAUCAGAGAGCGAGCUACCCCCAGCGUUUUUGGGGCGGAGUUUGCUGCUUGACAUUCAAAAUCUGAACAUAUCUAGAAAGUUUUAAAAGAUUUUCUAGAGGAAUCAAAAUAUUACUACGCUACCAAGAAUCCAAAUAAAUUUGGUUACAAAAGUUAUCAGGAAGGUUUAUGAAAAAUUCAAAUUAUCUUUUCAGCUACAAACGCCGCCUUUCAACUUGUCCUCCCAAUUGCCUCCAAAGAUCCCAACUCCCCUUACGGCUCAGAAAAUCGCUCCACCUACUGUACCUAAUAAAUGA